UCUUACUGUUCUUUAAUUACAUGUAUAUUCAUUCAAUAUUAUAGGAGAAAUUUUAUCUCUGCUGGUGCUGCUGCUGGAGUUGCUUCAGCUUUUGGUGCUCCUGUUGGUGGACUCUUGUUUUCAAUGGAAGAAGUAUCUUCUUUCUGGAAUAUGAAGCUAUCUUGGCAAACAUUUUUUUGUUGUAUGGUAGCUUCAUUUACUACUGAUCUUUUUAAUUCAGCUUUCACUGCUUUUCGUUAUCAAGGAAAUUUUGGACUCUUUCGAACAGAAAAAUACAUUCUUUUCCAGGUAGAAACAGGUAUUGAUUUAAAUUUUAUAGCUCUUAUUCCAACAGUUAUUGUUGGUAUCUUAGGAGGAAUUAUGGGAGCAAUGUUUACAUUUAUUAAUUUAAAAAUUGCACGAGGAAGAAGACUAUUAUUAUCAUAUGUAAAAUCUCCUUUGGAAGAAAAAUUUGUCAAGUUAAUGGAACCAGUACUAAUAAUGAUUAUUAUGGGAACAAUAUCAGUAUUUUUGCCAGCUGCAUUCAGUUGCAGUCAGUUCACAUGUCAUUGGGAUAAUAAUUACAAAGCUAGUUGUGAUGGUCCACUACCUUUACAUACUGAAAAAACAGUUGAAUAUUAUACUUGCCCUGAAGGAACUGAAAAGUAUAUUAAUGGUACACGUUAUACUAAUGGUACUUUCAAUGAAG